AUGCAAGUUUUAGUAAAAGAUGGAUAAAUUUUGAAAUAAUCUCAUAAUAGAAUUAAUGAUAAAAGAAGAAACAGCUUCGAAACUAAAAUGAAACCUUUUUCCGAUGAAUUUGCUAAUAUUUGUAGAUUUGGGAUUGACAUGAAGAAUGGUUCGAUAACUUAAAGAAUACAUUCUUUAAAGAAUUUAUAAAAGCGAGCAUAAUUCGUAAAAACUUAUAUAAGCUGAAGAUACUAACACCACAUAAACAAAAAAAAUUAGUAGCAGUUCAAUGUAAAUUACCUGCAAUAGGAUGUACUGAGAAAAAAGCAAGGAUCAGCCUCAAAUUUCCACCUCAAAGGAUGAAAAAAAUUUUUUGA